AAGAAUCAUGGGACUGAUUUCAACAUGGAACCUAAUUCUUCUACCAUUUCCCUUCAUGGUGGAUUCAUAUUAGCCUCUUCUUCAUAAUUCACUGUCAUGCACAAACUACACUUUUUGAUGCCAUAAAUUCAUCUUAAUCCUUCACCUAAACACACCCUUUUGCAGCCUUUUCUAUUAAACUUUUCUAAGACUAAUCACAUAGGCAAAAAAUAUGAGUUUUGAGGAGAAACCUGUAUCAGUUGGACCAUGGGGAGGCAGUGGUGGAUACAGUUGGGAUGAUGGUGUAUAUUCAACAAUAAGGCAAUUGGUUAUUGUUCAUGGAGUGGGAAUUGACUCCAUCCAAAUUGAAUAUGACAAAGAAGGGAAUUCUAUUUGGUCAUUGAAGCAUGGUGGAAGUGGAGGCCAUAAAAUUGACAAGAUCAAGCUUGAUUACCCAAAUGAGUUCCUAACAUCAAUUGAUGGAUACUGUGGUAGCUUAAAUCAAUUGGGGCCAAUCAUCAUCAGGUCACUGAGUUUUGAAAGCAACAAAAAGCUCUAUGGACCUUUUGGAGUUGAACAAGGAACAUCCUUUUCCUUGCCAGUGACUGGAGCCAAGAUUGUUGGAUUCCAUGGCAGGUAUGGUUGGCACUUAGAUGCCAUUGGAGUCCAUUUGAGAUCCUAUCAGCAGCCAAAACCAUCCAAAGCUUUGUCCAAUUCAAAGAACUACAUGACUAACAGUCCUGAUAAUGUUGGUUAUUCUGUAAUACAUGGAAGUGUUAGCCAAGGCUUUGAUAUUGUUGUUGCUGUAAAGCAACAAGAUGUUUCUGCCAAAACUUCACCUACCAUGAAGCCUAAGAUUCUCAGCUUCAAAGAACCUAAGAGUAUUGAACCAAAAGAAAAGGCCCAAUCAAUAGUUGAAGGUGUGGUCACAUAUGGACCUUGGGGUGGAAAUGGUGGAUAUGUAUUUGAUGAUGGACCUUACACUGGAAUAAGGCAAAUCGAUUUGUCGCGCAAUCUUGGAAUUGUGUGGAUUAGAGUUUUGUAUGAUCUUGAUGGGGAGGCUGUAUGGGGAAACAAACAUGGUGGAGCUGGAGGAUUCAAACAUGAAAAGAUGAUCUUUGAUUUUCCAUAUGAAGUCCUAACACAUAUAUCAGGCUACUAUGGAUCUAUGAUGUACAUGGGGCCUUCUGCUAUAAGGUCACUCACAUUCCACACCACCAAAAGGGUUUAUGGACCAUUUGGUGAUGAACAUGGAAGUUAUUUCACAACAAAGCUGAAAGAAGGAAAGGUAGUUGGCAUUCAUGGUAGAAAAGGUUUUUUUCUAGAUGCUCUUGGUGUUCAUGUGAUAGAAGGAAAAGUAAUAGUACCAGUGGCAACAUCUCCCUCCAUGGAAAUCAUCCCAAGAGAACCAAGUAUUACUGAAAUAAACAGUUCUCAACGGCCUUCCAAACUUGUACAUGCUAAAUCAGCACCACUUGAAGAGGUUCCUCGUGGCGUGAUUAUAGAACCAGCUCCUUGUGGACCAGGUCCAUGGGGUGGAGAUGGAGGUAGACCAUGGGAUGAUGGAGUCUUUUCAGGUAUUAAACAGAUUUAUUUGACAAAAUCACCAGAAGGAAUUUGCUCGAUUCAAAUCGAGUAUGAUCGAAAUAAGCAAUCUGUAUGGUCUGUGAAGCAUGGUGGUAAUGGAGGAAGUACCACACAUAGGAUAAAAUUGGAGUAUCCAAAUGAGGUUCUUACGUGCAUAUCAGGCUAUCAUAGUUCGAUUUCUACCGAUGAACCGGCUAUAGUCAUUAAGUCAUUGACAUUCUAUACUAGUAGAGGAAAGUAUGGUCCAUUUGGUGAUGAAGUAGGGAAAUUUUUCACUUCAACCACAACAGAGGGAAAGGUGGUAGGUUUUCAUGGGAGGACUAGCAUGUACUUGGAUGCUAUUGGAGUCCAUAUGCAACACUGGUUGGGAAAUAACAAAACUUCAAGGUCAUCAUCCCUCUUCAAGCUAUUUUGAUUUGUAUAUGAAGAACAAUAAAAUGUGAGUGAUCACUUGACUACUUGUAUACUAUCUUUUUUCUAUAGACAUAUCUUAGUAAAUAAGUUGUUAUAUCAGUUUUUCGCUUUCACCUGGGUUUUAACCCCCGCCCUUUAACUCCAACAUGUAAACUAUCUAAAUAAUGAGCUGUCCUUAUUCUAACACAAUAGUAUCAAUUGCAAGAGUAACAUGUGACAAUUUUGUCUUUUGAA